AUGCAUAGUAAUGCAUGCUUCUUUGGCCAAGGCUAUAAAAAGCACGAACUACCAGGUAGGAGAGAAGAGAGGCUGGUCGAUCAUUCGCGAGCCUGUUUAAGAAAGCAUCCGUCGCAGACUGUCACCUGGCGUCGCCGCAACGGCGGAAGAUGGAUGAACUGGCACACAUUCCAAUACCCUUGUGACGAGUAUGCCAAACAUGCGAAGCAUCUUCCCUGCUGA